GCAUUUUCUGAACGCGAAAAAAACACGCGAGUGUCUCUUCAAAUUUGGGGAGCGGCUUUUUCCAACUAUUUCCCGUGAAAAUACACCGUAUUUUCCGGUAGUUUACCUUCCCUCCGGUUCAACGACCUACACCGAUGGAGGAACCGGCAAAGGACCAACCGGCCGAGGCGUCGCCCGAGCAGAAAAACGGAAAAUCUUCCCACUCGGAUGAGGGGUUGAAACGACCUGCUGAGGGUGAUCCGGUGCCGGCUCGUCCGGUUAAAGCGCUGCGGCUGGCCGCGACCCCGUCAAACAUCGCCAUCAAUGGGCGCUACCAGGAGGUCAAGUUCCGGAAGCAAUUUGCGGAAAAGUGGAGUCGGAAGGAGCCCAUUCGGGGGGCUGGAUACGAGCUGAAGAACGAACCGUUUCAGCUGGGGGUUUUGGAGAAUUUUCUGCGGGAGGACGCGGACCAGGUGGAAGUGACGCGGGAGCUGGAGCGGGAGUUUAGCGAAAUGGAGUGGCGCCGGAAGCAGAUGGAUUUGUACGAGUUUUACCAGACGAUGGAUUUGUGCAGCGUGCGGAAGGAGUUCCUGGCGGGGUUCUAUCGGAAUCUGCGCGAGAAGGUCAUGCCGUUGAUGCAGCAGCUGACGGGGAUUAAGUUGACGCACGUGUCGGCGUCUUGUUCGAUGUACAACGCGGGAGAUUAUUUGCUGGUGCACGACGAUCUGCUGACGGACCGCAGAAUCGCGUUCGUGUACUACCUGAGUCCGUGGGAAGGUCACCGGGUGUGGACGGAAGCGCACGGUGGCGCGUUGGAACUGUUCCGAGCGGAUGAGAACCUGCUGCCGGUUUUCCCCGUGAAGGAUAAGGUCUACCCGCGUAACAACCAGCUGGUGUUUUUCAAAGUAAGCGAAAAGUCUUUCCACCAAGUCGGCGAAGUGACCACCUUCGAGUACCCCCGGCUGACCAUCAACGGAUGGUUCCACGGUCCCAUCGAUCCGCACCACGUGCCACAUUCUUCCAUCAUCAUCGACACGCACUAUUUCGCCCCCGUUGCGGACGAGAUCCAACUCUCCGAGUGGGUCAACAACGUCUACCUAAUCGACGAAGUCAAGCUCAACAUCCAGAAAAAGGUGGAAAUGUUCUCCGAAGUCUCCCUCGAAGAGUUUCUCACGCCAGAAAUCUUCACCGUCAUGAGUAACACCCUCCGCAAAACCCCCGACGUCAACUGGACCAUCAAAGGGCCCGCCCACCUGCGCAAGUACGAAGUCCUCGACUUUAGCUCGCUCAAACCAGGCCCCCUCCAGGACCUCUACAAGCUGUUUACGUGCGACGCAAUGUUCCGCCUGCUGCUCGAGUACACCGAACUCGACCUGUCCGGCCCCAAGGCCAAAACGCCCACCUGUGCCAUCGAGUUGCAGCGCUGGCAGAAGAGCUGCUACACCGUCCUCGGCGAUCCGUCCUCGUACUCGGACUGCGCGCUCGACCUGCUGUUCUUCCUGAACGCCCAGGACAACGUCGGCGUGGUGACGUACCUGGUUCCGGAAGGUGACCAGCGCCCGAGCAGCAACUCCGCGGGCGAUGACGACGACGAUGGGGAUGAGGACGACCCGGUCCUGCUCACCGUUUAUCCCAAGAAUAACGUACUGAACGUGGUUUACCGGGCCGAGGGAACCACCAAGUUUACCAAGUACGUGUCCCGGAACGUGUUUCUGGAGCAGGAACAGCUGCAGCUGAAGCAGCAGCAGGAGCAGCGUCGGGAGGAGGAUAAGAAGGAGGAAGGCGACGAGGACGAAGACGACCAGCAGAAAGCGGGACAUCCGUACACGUACAUUUUGGCGUACACCAUCCACAUCUACGCGACGCUGGCCUUCAUCGUGGUCAUCAUCGUGAUCGGCGUGCCGAUGUGGUGGAAGACGACCGAGGUGUACCGGGUGUCGCUGCCGUACGCCGAGAUCGAAUCCCUCGACGCCGCCCCCAUCAAGGCCACCAUCCGGAUGGGGCUGUUUGUGGGGUCGUCCCGCGAGCGGCGCGACAUUUUGGCCUUCGAACUGCGCAAGAAGUUUGAGAAUAAUUUUGUGUUCAACCUUGAGCUGGAGGACUUUACCCUGGAACCGGAGGUUAUGAAGGCCGCCAAGACUCCGGCAGCACUCGAGGCGGCAAUUUUGAAGCGUUAUCCACUUGGGUUGGGUGAAUUCGUUCUGAUCGAGUGGUCAAAGUUAGGCGAGGACGUCCUGGUGACCUCCGAGCGAUCGGCGUUCAUAUCCGAGAGUGCAACUUCCUUGAAGAUCUACCAAGUCCUCUCCUCGUGGAUCCUCCAAGAGUACAAACUGAAGGCGAUCCUCGGCUCGAAGGACAUGCAAACCACCAAAGGUCGUCAGCUGCGUCUCAACACGGCCCCGAUGCAACCGCACUACGAAGUGCUCAUCUCCGUCAUCAACCCCCGCCCGGACGUUCAGCGAGUUCACUGGAACGCCCGCGCAGCCGCAGAAAACUACAUCGUGCCCUUCCUCACCGAACUCUCCACGAUCGCCAACUUCACCGUCAAGACCCAGUGGGCGUACCAGGUCGAGAUCCAAAACUCCCCCCUCAAACAGGUCCAGGACGAUUCCAAACUCCGCCGGCACUACGCCAUCACGGAGGACGUCCUCCCGCACGUGAUCACCUCCUUCGAGAAGAAGCUCGGCAACCAAAUCUCCAACGAUCCCGCAAUUCACCUGGUCGUGUACGUCCCCCCUUGCGAACUGGCCCCACUUCGAAUCUACCGCAAGGACGGGACGCGCGCUUCCGCCGAUAACGUGGAGGCGUUCACCUCGGCCAAGUGGGGUGGAAUCGUGCUGGCCAACCCGAAGGACGAAACCAUUCUGAACUGGUUGAACAGCUCGGAGCACUCGGAGGUGUACGUGAGCUCGCAGGACGUGAUGCCGGCGAUGUUGUACCAGCUGAGGAAGAUCUUCGAUUUGGAGAAUAAUAUCCCCCUGCUGGACGCCAGCUUGUCCCCGCUCAACUCGAUCGAACCCCGCGCCUGGGAGGUGGACAACUUUAUCCGCGCAAACACAAUCUACCGGAUCCACUCGGCCACGCUGACGCUGCAGUCGCUGAUCCAGCUGCUGGGCGGCAUCGAGUACAUCGUGAUCAACGACCAGGUAGGUGCGGCCAUUACCGACGCUUACGGGCGAAUUACGGUUGCGAAGCGGCUGCUGGAGGAGAACCGACUUGGGGAGGCCGCUGCGGAGGCUCGGGAGGCUUACGUUUCGGCGGAGAGGGCGUUCUUCGAUCCGAGCAUGUUGGCGCUGUUGUACUUUCCGAGCGAGCAAAAGUACGCCAUUUACAUUCCGUUGUUCUUGCCGAUCAUGAUUCCGGUGGUGUUUUCGUUCAAUACGAUUUCGAAGUACUUGCGGAAGCGAUUCGGGAAGGGCGGAAAGGACAAGACUGAGUAAUUUUG